AGGGACCCCCCCGAAAAAGAGGUGAAGUGAAACCCCAAAUUACCGUACUGUGGAGAAAGCCAGAACCAAUUUGGAAUUACACAUCGGAUACGCGCUUACUAAUUUCCCUGUUUUCAAUCAAGUUGCUCUGUUUUCAUCGCUUUCGGUUUCAAUCGAGACAAAGAAGCGGAAUACCUAUUUCCAGAAACUCCCCGAGGAAGGAGUCAGCCUACAACAAGAACAGAGCACAUAUCAAUGGCCGGACCCAAAUUCUGAUCAAUAUCAUCCCUUAAAGAGAUGGGCUUGCUUCUGUCUCGGAUUAACAUCCGGGUCUUCUUCUUCGCCCUCCUCCUCUCGCUCUCGCCCACUGAGCCCUCUUCCGACUUCACCGGCCUGGUGUUCAAGGGCUGCGCCCAGCAGAAGCUCCCAGACCCGACCGACGCUUCCGCCCAGAACCUCCAAUCCCUCCUCUCCACACUCACCUCGCAGGCCUCCCAGAAGACCUUCUACUCCACCACCGUUGGCGACGGCACAACAGCCGUCUCGGGGCUCUUCCAGUGCAGGGGCGACCUCACCGCCGCCCAGUGCGGCGACUGCAUUGGCAAGACGCCCGACCUGGCCCGGAAGCUCUGCGGGGGCGCCGUUGCCGCCGCGAGGGUCCAGCUCAAAGGGUGCUAUCUGAAGUACCAAAUCAGCGGCUUCGUGGAGGCGCCGGACACGGAUGUGGUUUACAAGGUCUGCGGGUCGGAGAAGGACGCGGGGUUCGGAGCGAAGAGGGAGACGGCGUUCGGGAUGGUGGAGAGCGGCGUCGUCGACGGCGGCGGGUUCUAUACGGGGAGUUACGGGAAUGUGUAUGUGUUGGGACAGUGCGAGGGCGACGCUGUGAUUGGCGGCGACUGUGAGGGGUGCGUUAAGAAUGCGUUGGAGAGAGUGGAGGCAGAGUGCGGCGAGGCGAUUUCAGGGCAAGUGUACAUGAACAAGUGCUACGUGAGCUUCAGCUACUACCCCAACGGCGUCGCCGGCGUGUCACCUCCGUCGGCGUCGCUGUCAGAAAAUUGGCCUCAGGCAUAUAAGCGCUUAAAAAUCUUUCCUUUACCGAGAAGUAACAUAAGUUCACCAUUUCCGCACACCGACAAUGCAUGCGACAUGAUUCGAGCAAGUAAAGGAGUAAAAGCGGCUUGCGGGUUGUUGUUCCAGGAACAGGGGAAGGCGGCACUGGGGGCGGCCGCCACACACAGAAGACAGUGGCAGUAGUGGUAGGAGGGGCGGCCGCGGUGGGGUUCGGCGUGGUCUGCUUGCUCUUCGCGAAGUCACUGUUCAAGAAGCGGGACGCCAGCAAGUACGAUAGUUGAUGUCACCCCCGCCCUCAUGUGUGGAUCGGUCCCCAAUUAGAUUGACUACACACAGAACGAAAUUGAAAGAGAUUUGUGCAUUUUUGGUUUUUGUCACGACAGACAAAGAAGUAGUAAAUAUACAUAGAAAAAGUUUCAAAGAUUGCAUUGCUUUCUUUUUCGAAAGAUGAUGAGCGGGGUAGGCCAUUAGCAUU